GACCAAGUGUGGUUUGGAAAGAAACGAAGCCUUGUUUUUUUUGUCGGUCUUUUUAACCACUGGAUUCAUUUAAAUUGAUCUAAACGUGAAUAAACAUGGCAAUGCCGAAAUGGGAGAGAAUAGCGCGCAUAUUUCUAUGCGUUUUGGGUUUGUUUCUGUCUGUUUAUGCGCUUCACGUCGAGCUGUCCCGAGAGAGAAACCCAGAUUACAGAGCGAUGUGCGACCUGGGGGAGUCUGUGAGCUGCUCCAAAGUGUUUACCUCCAGAUGGGGACGAGGUUUUGGCUUGGUCCAGUUGUUUGUUGCCAAAGAUAGCCCUCUGAACCAGCCCAACAGUGUGCUUGGCCUCAUGUUUUACACUCUGCAGAUUGGCCUGGGACUAUCUCUGUCUAAAAAAGCAGUGAUGCUCUUGGUCUCCUCCUCCUGGGUGUCUGUGGCCGGCUCACUCUAUCUUGCAUAUAUUCUCGCCUUUGUUCUGGGGGAUUUCUGCAUGGUCUGCGUGUCAACAUAUAUCAUCAACUUUGCGUUGCUCUUCACCAACCUGAGACGGAGGACAGCAAUUGAAGGAAUGAAGGAGAAGGCUGAAUAGAAAGUGAUAUUUGAGAAAUUCAACACCCUUCUGUGCUUAGCUGGAGCCACACUUGAUAUGGAAAGCAAAUUCUCUCCCACAGUAUUUCUGCAGUGUUUACACCUGUCAAGAUUGUUCAGAGAAACAGGCCUGGAGAUGCAUAUUAGAAGAUCUAUAAGAUGAUUUUUAUGUACAGAAACAUUCUGUAUAUAUAUAAUAAUGUGUAUUUGUGAUGCAGAUUCCACAUUUUUUUUAUAUUCCCUCCUGCCUCAUGUGAUUUAGGCCUGGCUUGUUCAGACAACAACAAUCUACUAAAUUAUUAGGUGGUGAAUUACUCGAGAUACAUGCAAUUGCUCUAUCUAACCAGGAGAUAGAGCCACAUACAGUGUUAUCAUGUUGAGUGUGGUUAUCAGAGAAGUGGAGUUAUAAAAGAACACAGUAGUAUUUGCAUUGCAUGUAUGACACACAAAUAACAUGGAUAAUGCUUAAAGUCUUGUGAAACUUUAUUUUUUCUAUAUUAAUUCCUACUCAAUAACGUUUUAAACCAAAGGUUAUUGAGUAGGAAUUAAUAUAUAAUGAAUGAUGAGUCAAAUCCAAUAAUAAUGACCUCUUCUAAAAAGAAAUAUGUAAAUUACAGUUGUGUGUGUAUACUUACUCAAACCAAUUGCUAAAGAAUACAUUUCCAAAUACUAAAAGGACUGAUUACACUGCCUUAAAUUAAAACAUGUCAAGGUUA